AUGAGUAGAUACAGUUAUUCCGAAGAGGAGGAGGAAGUAGAAUAUUCUCCGGAUGAAGAACCUUCAUCCCAGGAGGAGUAUGAUGACAAUCUCUCCACAAUGUCCCUUUCAGAUUCAAUAACGGAUUAUGUGUAUGAGAAUGGUCGACGGUACCAUUCAUAUCGUCAGGGGAGCUAUGACUCAGCUUAUGGGUCAUAUUGGACGUUGGGACGGGUACUGGCAUCUGGGCAAUUGACAUCGCUGAGUAUUACGCCAUUGUGCUCCAUGCUUACUUGUUUCCAGAUAUCUUCUGCCCAAAUCAUCGGAAACGACCUCUCGCCCAUCCAACCCAGCUAUGUUCCUCCCAACCUCCGCUUCGAGAUAGAUGAUUGCGAAGAGGAUUGGCCCUUUCCCGACAAUCACUUUGACUUUAUUCACAUUCGAAACUUGGUUGGGUCGGUGCGUGAUUGGGACAGGAUAUAUGUCCAGGCUUACCGAACACUGAAGCCAGGUGGCUGGAUAGAGCUCAAGGACAAUUUUCGUCCGUUCGAAUGCGACAAUGGAACCCUGAAACCUGACAAUGUGUUGCGCACCUGGGUGGACAACUUCGAAAAGGCUACCAUUAUAGCGGGGAUAAAUUGGGGCACUGCAGCAGCUGAAUUUAGACCCAGUCUUGAGAAGGCUGGGUUCAAGGCGGUCACCGAGCAGAUUCACAAAGUUCCGCUUGGGUACGUCCCUGGGUAA